AUGUCUCGUACAAAUAUAAGUCCGUUGAUAAAAGCUCAGUUAGAAAAAUUGACCGCUGCUGGUAUUGAUAUUAGUUCCGGACAUCGACCAAUACAUUCAUCACCACCAAUAAUCAUUCCAAAAAAGCCGACUCAUUCGAACACAUCAUCGCAAAGCUCUUCAUACGCAUCUAUACCUGAUCAAAUGUCUUCAUCGGGCGAAACUUCAUUACAAUCAUACCGAGAAUUAGAUGAUGCAUCAAAUACUUUACUACCCACGCUAUCAUCCACUUGUCAACGUUUAGAACAUUUAGCAGCACGAGAUCGUAUCGCAGUAAAAAAUAAACGACAACAACCAAUUAAAUAUAAACUAAGUAUUCUAAGAGAAAAUAAUGAUAACCAAUUUGACUUAUUCUCAUCAAGAUUUGAUGAUGAACAAGAAAAUUUUCCACCACAUAUUCAAUCAAAACUUCAAUCAAAAUCGGUUAUUGAUCUUUCGAAAUUGGAUAAAGAACAAGAUUAUUUUCAUACAUCUCUUCGUUCGCGAGAUCAUUCAGCUGAUAAUAUACUUUCAACACCAUAUACUUCAUCUGUUCAACGGUCGAUAAGUUUUAAACGACCACAAGAAAUUAAACAAACAACAUUUAUUAAUCGAUCAAUAUUUACAACAAAAAAAAAAGAAGAAGAAGAAGAAGAAAAUAAACAUGAAACAAAAUUAGAAGAUAUCAAUGCAAAUAAUUCAUAUUCAAUACAAUCAAUUACAUAUUCAUCAUCUAAAGAACAUAUUUAUGAUAACUCAAAUUUAUUUCAACGUCAUAAAACAAAUAUGACACCUGAUAUAUUACCAUAUGAAAAUGAAUCAUCAAUAAAUAACAUUGUUAGAACAAGAGAACGACCUAUACCAAUGACAAAUCGUAUAAGACCUAUUACUGUCCAUAUACCAACGAAUAAUGAUAAACAAACAAUAAAUGAAUAUGAAAAUGUUCUUAAUCAAAUAAAAAAACAUGGUUUAAUUAAAAAAGUUCAGCUUAAAGAAGAAACAAUACCAAUAUCAGUUUCAGAAGAAUCAAUACAAUCACCUUCACCAUCUAUUCAUAUAGAAGAAACAUCUACAAUUUUUUCAACUGAAUAUGAACCAAUAGCUCCAGUUGUUAUUCCAACAAAUAAACUAGUAGAAAAAUCUUCAAUAUCACAACCACCAAAUCGACGAAAAACAGUUGGCGGUGUAAAUCUACCAACGAAUAAUAAAGUUACUACGGAUGAUAAUAAAGCAACACCAUCAUGGAUUGAUAUUGCUAAACAAAAACAAAAUAAAUUUCGAGCUGCAUUGAUCGAAAAAAGUCAUAAUGAAGAAUCUGAACAAAAACAAAUAACACCUAUGGAAGCAGAAAUAAUAUCUAAAAAACAAGUUAUUAUCCCAUCUAAGCCAGUAGCAACAGUCAAAGAAACUACAUAUGAUGAUACACCAACAUUUAAUCCUACUAUUAUACGACGAUUAUCAUCACGAAUACCACAAACAAAUACACAUGUAGUUGAACGAGAUUCUAUACGAGCAUUAAAAGCUAACAAUCCAAAUCGUAUAAAUAACUUAAUUCAAUUGUUUGAUAAAUAA